AUGGCGGCCGGCGACGAACAUCCCGCUAAGACCGGCGGCCCUGCCGUGGAGCGCAAUGCCUCUACGGUCAAUGGCACGCCCAAUACCACGGCCACAGAGUCUGGCGAUGCCACUCCGGAUCAAAAGAAGUCUGGCGACAAUCACGACGGAAAGAAGCGAGGAGAAAAGGGGCGAGCAGAACGGAGCCGCCAGCUAAAAAACGACAAGAAGCGCAAGAAGCAGGACGACUGGCGCGAAUUCAAGCGCCGCAAGUUGAGCGACAAGGCCGGCGAGUCAGGAAACUCGGAAAAGAAGAACCCCUUCUCCAAGGAGGAAAUCGCUUCGGAAGAGCGCCGGCCGAAGCGCAAGGUCGCCGUCAUGAUUGGGUACUCCGGCACGGGAUACAAGGGCAUGCAAGUGAAUGGCGACGAGCCGACGAUUGAAAGAGAUCUCUUCAGAGCCUUCAUUGACGCCAAGGCCAUCUCCAAGGCGAACGCCGACGACCCCCGCAAAUCGAGUCUGGCGCGGUGCGCCCGGACGGACAAGGGAGUGCAUGCCGCGGGCAACGUGAUUAGCCUGAAGCUGAUCAUCGAGGACGAGGACAUCGUGGACAAGAUCAAUGCGCACCUGCCGGAGCAGAUUCGCAUUUGGGGGAUCCAGAGAACCAACAACAGCUUCAACUGCUACCAGUACUGCGACUCACGCUUCUACGAAUACUUGCUGCCUAGUUAUUGCCUGUUGCCGCCCCAUCCGCAGACGUACCUGGCCAAGGAGUGCGAGAAGCUCAACAAGGAGUACGGCGCCGAGGACGAAGUGGCCGCUGCGAUGGCGGACGUCAAGGACUUCUGGGCAGAUGUUGAAGAGAAGGAGAUCAAGCCUAUCCUCGCCGGCCUGGACCCGGAGCUGAGAGCCGUUGUCAUGGAGCGGGUGCACGCCCAGGAGGCGGAGGAGUACGAGAAUAACAAAAAGGCCGAGGCUGAGCAGAGCCACGUCCCCGAUGCUGAGGAGGCAGCAGACAAGCCAGAAGAACCCAAGAGAGCCAGCCUCGAGACUCAUAAACCCAAACACCGCGAACUUGGCCCCAUCGACUUUGCCCUCCGCGACAUCAAAGCCACGUACAUUGCCGCCAAACGGCGGUACCGCGUCUCCCCCGAGCGCCUGCGGCGCCUGCAGCAGGUGCUCGACAAGUACACCGGCACAUACAACUUCCACAACUUCACCAUCCAAAAGACCUUUUCCGACCCCUCGGCGCGCCGUCACAUCAAGUCGUUUACCGUGAAUCCCAAGCCAAUCAUCAUAGGCGACACGGAAUGGCUAUCGCUCAAGGUCCACGGGCAGAGCUUCAUGAUGCACCAGAUCCGCAAGAUGGUCGGCCUGGCAUCCCUCAUGGUGCGCUGCGGCACCACCCUGGAUAGAGUCGGCGAUUCGUACCAGGAGCAAAAGAUGGCGAUCCCGAAAGCCCCCGGCCUGGGACUCUUGCUGGAACGACCCGUGUUCGAGAACUACAACAGGAGGGCCAGGGACAGCCUCGGCAAGGAGACGAUUGACUUUGGCAAAUACGAGGAGCGCCUGGAGGCCUUUAAGCAGAAGCACAUCUACAGUAGGAUUUUCGAGGUGGAAGAAAAGGAGAACACGUUCCACGGGUUCUACAACCAGAUUGACCAGUUCAAGGCGAACCACUUUCUGUGGCUGUCUGCCGGCGGAACAAAGGUAGCCGAGUUGCACAAGGAGAGCGACAAGACCGAGGUGGACAAGGCGCUGGGCGACGAGGAUGAAAACCCAGAGGGCGGUGAGGGUUAA